AUGGGCUCGAAAUACAUUCCGAAGAAGAAGAAUCAAGUCCCACAAGCACCAAGUGAUCCAGACGUGGAGUGGGAGAACCAUCUUUUACUACGAGUACCUCAGGAGUACGCGGAUCGAGUACGAGAGUUCUGCACCGAUGCCAAUCCGGACGAUCACUUCAACAUCAACUUUCAUCCCGAACUGAGGAAAGGAACGUUACACUUGGGCAGAGAGACGUUGCACUUCACUAUCUAUGAUCUGCCUUGUAUUAUUGAGGUAAGGAGGGGUGGGGAGUAAUGUUUUUUGGUAAAUAAUGGCUGGCGGGCGUAGUAAAUGAGGAUUUUUCUAAUUUUUAAAGGUUGUUCAAGGCCGAGAGGACGAUGUUAAGACUUAGAAGAGGGUCACAGUGACUUACGAAAUAUUUUUUUUAAAAGACGAUUGGGUAUGUGUUGAAAACGACAGCUUUUAAAAACUUUGGUUUAAGAGAUAACAGAUGACAUUUUUCAUUAGAAAUGAGAAUUUUAUGACAUUUUUCUUUAGUAAUGAGGAUUUUUUCUAAAUUUUGAUUUUUUUCCAAAUUAGCAUUAAAAACAUUACUUUAGGUAAUGAAAACCCUGGACAAUGUGAAUGUAUACAAAGUGGCCGACCUAGCCCAGAUCUUAAUUUGCUCUGAGAAACCGGUGCCAGAACCAACUUUCAACGACCUAAAUGGCUCAGACCCAACCAAAGUUGAAUCGAUUAUCAAACAGAAAAAGGAAAAGUUUUAUCAGUAUCCACAUGGAGUGGCACCCUCGUUAAAGAAUGUCAGAAAGCGAAGAUUCAGAAAGACAAAGAAAAAGAAGUACAUGGACGCACCUGAGAUCGAUAAGGAGGUCAAGAGGUUACUACGGUAAGGAGGAGCAUUUUAGGAUAAAGAAUACCCUACCAUUGCUUUUCUUUGGUCAUAUACUUUGUUUUGCUUUUCAUCACUUUACUGUAAUUUUAUAUUUUCAAUUACGUUACUGUACAUUCUACUCUAUUACCAAAUUCAGAUCUGACCUUGAAGCAGAAUCCGUUCGUUGGGAAGUGGUCAACGUUGACCAAGAAGCCAAAGUCCCAGCCUCAUCCCAAAUCCCAGCAGCAAAGCCAGAAGACCCGAAUGUAUCUCAAGAACCUCAGCCUUCAGCAUCGUCGGCUUCUGAAUUACCAACCACAUCAAAGACGGUUCAGUUCGACGACGAAGACAGCCAGAUGCCAGCAGAACAAGUAAUCCCAGACGACGAUGAUUUGGACGAUUCUGAUGACGAUGACGAAGCACUUCAGAAUGCAAUGAAGCGGGCUACGUUAGAUCCGCAAGACGAAGAUACGAUGGAUGCACCUCCACGACAGAUCAUUGUUACGGAUGAUGUGAUUGGAGAGUUGUCAACUUCAAGUGAUGAGGAUGAGGAAGAAGAGUGA